UGUAAGGUACAAUGAAACACGAAACCAAAACAUCAGAGAUUCAGUCUGAUUAAGAACAUUGAUACGUACAGUGGUCUUUCGCUGCUGCAUACAAGCGGUAUAUUGGUAUUAAUCGAGAGAAAAUUGAUGUUUUUAAGUUUUUGUGUCAGUUUAAAGUGGUUGGCUUUGAAAUUCCGUCGACGUAUGAUUAACAUUCACGAAACUUGAUCAAAUUGACAUAAAAUCUCAUUAAAAUGGGUUGUUGUAAUUAAUUGGGCGAUUGUGAUCACGGGUAUAAAACACUUCCAGCAAUGAAAUUAGCGAUUUUUGGCAACAGAAAUAUUUUUAUCACAUAAAUCGUUGUUGUCUAAAUUUGGAUUUCUUGAAAUAUUAAAAAACGAGUCGCUUAGGGAUGGUAAAAAAAAAUUGAAAACGUACUAAUCGGCAACAAUAAAAUAUUUUCUGAGUUAUUGUGACCUGUCUAAUUAUACGGGCUGCACAUUUUGGUGCUGUGGUAAAGAAUGUUUCGUUUGUAUUUUCGUGCGUUUUUCGAAUUGUCGUUCGAGUGAAAUAUUCUUUUAAAAUAUAAAUUAUGAAACGAUACAAAUCUAAUGUGAUGUGGAAGUGAUAGGAAAAAUAAAAGGAAGAAUAUUCUGUUGUGAAGAAAAAAAAGUGUUGUGGUGUUUUAAAAAAGAAGAAAUAAAACAGAGAGAAAUCCACAUCUCAUUCAAGAAUUUAGUCGUUAAUUCAUUAGCAAAAUAAAAAUGAUUAGGAUCAAGGAAUAAUGCAAACAAACAUACAGUGAUGCUACUUGUUAUUGGAUUUAUUUAAGUGUAAGCGAUAUCCACUUCACGCGCCACUUUCAAUUUUCUACCAGGAUUCCUUCAAUCUACCCCAAGCACUCCAUUCGUAUACACACACAAAAAAAAAAAUAGAAGAAGAACGGAACAAAUAAAAACGAAAAAAAAAAUAUAAAAAAAUAUAAAAUCACUCUUCUUCUUGGCGGUAUAAUCGUGUAUAGCGGUGUGGGCUAUAUAAUAUAAGUUACAACGACAUCACCCACACUCCUGUUUGCAAAACCAAUUGGCAAACUGGGUACUCAUGGCAGUCCGAGACGAAGGGGAUCCGGUCACGAUCCACCUGUAAAAGCUUUAGGCCUCGGAGACGUCAAGAGAUACAUUACUGGAAUGCACAAUACUGACAACAUCACAGAUAAUGGAGGGGACCAUCAUCACCAUCAACAUUCAACGCCACCAAACUCGAUUGCUGCUAACCGAGGUGUCGUAACAUUAGGCCAUAACACAACAACCGCAUCGACGAUACCGAAUUCACCUACAGGUGUUGUAACAGCUGCUGCAGUUUCUGCUGCACCAAACACAGGUCCAACUAGUGGAUCACGCGACUGUGCUGGCUGUGGUAAACGUAUUACCGAACGUUUCCUAUUGAAAGCUUUAGAUUUAUAUUGGCACGAAGAUUGUCUGAAAUGUGGCUGCUGUGAUUGUCGGCUUGGUGAAGUUGGAUCUACGUUAUAUACCAAAGCAAAUUUAAUUUUAUGUAAAAGAGACUAUCUUAGGUUAUUUGGCACCACAGGCUACUGUGCUGCUUGCAAUAAAGUGAUACCUGCAUUCGAAAUGGUGAUGCGGGCUAAAAGUAAUGUUUAUCAUUUAGAAUGUUUUGCGUGUCAACAAUGCAAUCACAGGUUUUGCGUUGGAGACCGCUUUUAUUUGUGUGACAACAAAAUACUGUGUGAAUACGACUACGAGGAGCGCUUAGUAUUUGCGAAUAUGGCCUACAAUCCAUCUAGUUUAGCACAUAUACGAAGACAAGUAAGCAGUUUGCAGCCAGCAGGAGACAGUAUGAACUGUGGUUUAGGUGGUCGAAUAUCGGCAAAUAAUCCAUCGAAUCGACCAUCAUCAGCGCAUUGCUUAAACGAUAAGCUUCAAUUGCCUCACCCACCCAGCAAUAUGGGACAUCAGCAUCGUGACGACGGAAGUUCUGGAUACGGCAGUCCAGAUAGUGAAACCUUUGAAUCUCCACAUGCACAAUGACGUCAACGAGCUAGAACCUAAAUUGUCUUGAAAGUGUAAUUUUUAGUGACAAGAUAAAGUCAGAAUAAAACUUGUAAACCAAACUGAAUAAAAAGAUAUGACGCGUAAAGUGGAAGUCACCAUAAAAUAUAAUGAACUACAACGAAAUAGCAAACGAGUGUUAAAGAAAAAAAUUGAGACGGAAAUGGCUGUGUGGUCAUUAUUUAUAACUGAAAUAAAUGGACUCGAUUUUGGAUUGCAGUCCUGAACAAAAAGAAGAAAAAAACAUUCACUAGAGAGACGAUUUUUGUGUUCUUUAUUUUAAAGAAACAUUGAAGCUUAUACACGGCCAUAGUAGCUGAUUGUAAAUUAUAGUUAAAAAAAAUAAUUUAAAGAAAAAAGUAUUAUUAUAAACAAUAAAGCGACAGUUGUUGAA